UAAUAUGUAUUUGUUUUGAUAAAUUUUAAAAGCCCCUGCUAGAUUACUCGUGGUGAACUUGAAGUUGGGUUUGCCCUAAGAUAAGUCUCAUGACUAGGUUUUCAAAUGAUCCAUCCAAAGCUUGGAUGGAUUUACCAAGGUAUAGCGAAGAGUAUAGUGGCGGUGUUCAACGUUUUUUGGACUUCGCUUAUUCUGAUGGAGAUCCUCAAGGUGAAGAAAUUCAAUGUCCAUGUGCAAAGUGUUGUAACAUCCCUUGGUGUCGAAGAGGUGUAGUAUAUAAUCAUCUAAUAUGCUACGGUUUUGUUAAAGGUUACUCAAGAUGGAUUAACCAUGGGGAAUGGGACUUUCCAAUGGAAGUUGAUGAUGAAGUUAACUUAUAUGAUGACAUCGAUGGGUUGUUGAAUGAUCAAUUUAGAGAUGUUACACAAGCUGAAGGAGUUUAUGAAGGCCAAAAUGAAGAUGCCAAAAAAUUCUAUAAGUUAGUUGAUGAGGCAAGCCAAGAAUUAUAUCCUGGUUGUAAAGGAUUCUCUAAAUUAUCAUUCACAAUUCGACUAUAUUUGUUGAAGUAUCUACAUGGAUGGAGUAAUGCAUCCUUUACUUCCCUCUUGGAGUCGUUGAAAGAGGCGAUGCCUGAGUUGAACAUUCCUUUAUCCUAUAAUAAAGCCAAGUCUAUGGUAAAGGAUCUAGGUCUUGAUUAUAAAAAAAUUGAUGCAUGUCCCAAUGACUGCAUGCUGUUUAGGAAUGAACAUAAAGGUGAUGAAAAUUGUCAUGUUUGUGGAGCUUCUCGAUAUAUUGAAUAUCCUGAAGUAGAUAGCGAGCUUCAGUCUUCCAAAAGAUCUCAUCGUGUUGCUGCUAAAACUUUGAGACACUUUUCAUUAAUUCCUAGACUCAAAAGGCUAUUUAUGUGCUCAAAGACAGCGGAUAAAUUGAGGUGGCAUGACGAGGAACGGUCCAAAGAUGGAAAGUUAAGGCACCCUGCUGAUGGCCAAGCAUGGAAAGACUUUGAUAGCCUUCAUCCAGAUUUUGCAAAAGAUUCUCGCAAUCUGAGACUUGGCUUGGCAAGUGACGGAUUCAAUCCAUUUCGGACCAUGAGCAUAUCUCAUAGCACAUGGCCAGUUGUCUUAAUGGUGUAUAAUUUUCCUCCUUGGAUGUCCAUGAAACAAGAAUAUUGCAUGCUUUCUUUGCUUAUAUCUGGUCCGCGAUCUCCUGGAAAUGACAUUGACAUUUAUUUGCAGCCAUUAAUAGAAGAGUUGAAGGUAUUGUGGGAGUUAGGGGUAGACACAUAUGAUGCUUCGAGAAAUCAAACCUUUCAAAUGCGAGCAGCUCUUAUGUGGACAAUUAAUGACUUCCCUGCAUAUGCUAUGUUAUCCGGAUGGAGUACAAAAGGAAAAUUGGCUUGUCCUUGUUGUAAUUAUGGCACUAAUUCUUGCUAUCUGAAACAUAGCCGGAAAAUGUGUUACAUGGACCAUCGUGUUUUUCUACCCAUGGAUCAUCCAUGGAGAUCUAACAAAAGGUCUUUCAAUGGAAAAACAGAAUUUAGGCCUCCUCCACAAUUGUUAAAGGAAACCGAUGUGUUUAAUAUGUUACAGAAUGUUGAAAAUGUGUUUGGGAAGAAGCAAAAGAAAUCAAAUGUCGGAACACUUUUGGAUAUAUCUGGCAAGACGAAGGAUCAUGAAAAUGCUCGUUAUGACCUCAAAGAGAUGGGCAUUAGGAAAAACCUUCAACCAAAAGAUACAAAGGAUGGCAAGAAAAUAAAGCUUGCACAAGCAUGCUACUUUAUGACUAAGGGAGAAAGAUCUACUUUUUGUGGUGUUUUAAAGAAUGCAAAGCUACCUGAUGGUAGUGCUUCCAACAUUUCCCGAUGUGUGCAACCAGCCGAAAGAAAAAUAUCUAAUUAUAAGACCCAUGAUGCCCAUUUCAUGCUACAUUACUUGUUGCCAAUACCAAUUAAAAGCAUACUUCCUGAUCAUGUUGCUAUUCCUUUGAUUCGUCUAAGCUCCUUUUUUCGUCGUUUAUGUCAAAAGGUUAUCACACCAGAGGAUCUAGAUUGUUUGGAAGCAGAGAUUAGAGAAACAGUGAGCCAAUUGGAGCGAAUUUUUCCUCCUUGUUUUUUUUUAUAUAAUGGUUCAUUUGGCUAUCCAUUUGCCAAACGAGCUAAGAUUAAGAGGUCCAGUCCAGGGCCGAUGGAUGUAUCCUCCUGA